AUUCAAUUAGUUUCAAAAUUAUUUGGGGAAUUAUAAUUUAUUCUAACUUUCCUGAUAAAUGAUUCCCGGUAGUUUACAGAAAAUGAUGAUUAUCUCAAACAGUAUCGAAUGUUUACAAUUUUGAAACACGCGCCGUAUAAUCAACCAAUAAAUCCCUUUUCACAUACCGCUGUUUGGAACCAAUAAAUGAAAAGUUGCGAAGUUCUGUUUUCUUUUUCUCUACAAAUGUUUUUCAGGAAUCCUAUGUUUUUCAUCAUGAACCAUUGCUCCUCUUUAAGAUGUUGAAAUUUUUCUGUGUUCCCGAUGUUUUUUAUCGAUUUUUGUACUAAACAAUAAGAAAUAAUGUGUUAGUACGCAUUUUCUACCGAGUUUUAUAUUUUUUCAUUGGAAAGUUUGAAGAACGUGUUGUUUUCACGUUUUUUCCAACUUAUUUGAUUUUUUCUACUUGAAAGAGGAAAUUAUGGCACAAAAAUUAAGUAAAAAAGGCCGAAAUCCUGGAGCUGUGGAUAAUUGGCUGGAAGCAUUAGGUUAUUACAGAAAAAAUGUUGCAUAUGAUGAAACUUGUUUAUUCAGGGCUGUAUCUGAGCAGCUAUAUAAUAUUCAGAUAUAUCAUGAACGAGUAAGGAUUGAUUGCAUCAAUUAUGCUAAAAAGAAUUUACACGAAUUUUUAGACGUUGUUGGAAGUGAAGAGGAAUUAAUUGAACACAUUGAAAAAUUAGAGAAGCAUAUGGUUAUUUGUGGAAAUUUAGAAAUUCAAAUGAUAUCCAAGAACUACGAAUGUGAUAUAACAAUAUUUGAUGCAUCCCGUCAGCAGGCAGACCAUAUCAUUAAAAAGAGGAAUUCCAAAGUUAUUUUAUUAUGUUUGAUGAAUGAAGAUCACUAUGAUGCAGUUUAUCAAAGAGAACAUAUAGUUACAUCAGGUUUUUGCCAAUCGAUUGUUUAUAAGCUCUUAUACGAAAAUGUAUUUGAAAUACAAAAUGUAGAUGAUAUAGUACAGGGCAUGCUUUAUGAUAAAACUUAUAUUACAACUCAAGCUGAUUUGUUGUUAGAUGAGAAACUUCAGGAACAAGAUGAAAUUGAAGGAGAAAAAAAUGUUGAAGAUCCAAAAGAAAGUGUAGUUAGUUUACCAUUAAAUAUAGCGCCAUUUCCAUUCAAAGUUGCAAAAGCAAUUGAUCCCACCAUUUACAGAAAUAUUGAAUAUGAUUCCUGGACAGAAGUUAGAAGAGAAAUGAGACUGGGGGAAUGGUACUAUGGAGAUGACAAGCUAAUUCUUGGAACAAGAUGCUUAUUUAAUGAAAACAAUGAAACUUAUGAUUGCUAUAUCCAAGACAUUAUAAAAAAUGAAAAUAAAUGUAUUAUUUACAUAACCAAACUGGCACAAAAGAAAAUAGUAAAUUAUAGUGACCUAUCGCCUGAGAACGAUGCAAAACCUUGGCCAUUACCUUAUAGGUUUUCGAAAAAUCUUAACAUAUCUGCUACCACAACUAUACUUUCAUUGGAUAAGAUCAAGUCUCAAAGAAGAAAAAAGGACAAAAACCAAAAUAAAGGCGAAAAUGGUACUACUUCCAGUAAUACAGGAUCAGACUCUCUAGAACACAAUGUGACUGCAUAUGUUGGUGCACCUUUGCAAAUGCAAAAUCCUCAAGAAGAAAACACAGAUGUACCAGAUGUAAAUUCAGAACUUAACCAGGAUGCACAAGGCAACCCACCUCAAAGAUAUCAGUGGGAAGCUCCUUAUUACUCUUAUUCUGGUAUGAUGACCCCUGUAAUUCAAGAACCUUACAGCUGGCCUGCUACACCAGUAAGUCCUGGUGUAUUCAAUUUUAAUGUUCGACCAGUAAUGACGCCUGUUGCUACAACACCAAAUGUGAUGCAUUACUGCGAUGUAAAUCAGUCACCAAUUUUCAACUACCCAGUGGAGCAGUACCAUUAUACUUAUCAACCAUGGACACAAAUGCCUGACUCUCAGCAACCUCCUACCUCCCCGCAUCCACAAGUAACAUUGGAUGUGAAUAAUAAUAAAGAAACGAUACCCAACCAGAAAUCAUCUCAGACUACUGAAACGAAUAAUCAAUAUGUAUCUUAUCAUGAUGCUCAAGAAAAUACAACUUUAGAGCAAUCCAUGGUAUGUCAAUCGAUGCCUAGGGUAAAUCCUCAAAUGGGAAUGUAUUCACCAAUUAUUCCUGUACCACCUGGUACGCCAGUUAUUUAUAGUCCUACUGCAGAAAUCAUAGUACCAACCACUCCAAUUCAUAUGUAUACUCCGUCGGUAGAAGUACCCUAUAUUGUACCUGAGCAAUAUUCUUAUGCCCCUACCCCUAACACAGCUUGGUAUCCUGUGGGGGUAAAUGCUCAAGGAUUCAUUUUCCCCACACAAGCUGUUGCUAAACAGCAAUAAAUAUAUACUUAAAUGUUUUUAUUUUAUGAGAGAUAAAAGUGAAUAAUAUUACCUAUAUUAGGUAUAUUCCCAUUUGUCUCAAUUCCAUGUCAAAAAUAUUGAUUACUAUUUUUGCAAUUAUAUAUGAAUGAGUUCUUAUUGAAUAAUGACUUUUAAACUGAAUCAGAUGUGAUGUUAGCAAUAGGAAUAAAAAAUAUUUACUUAUAGAUGUAUCUAAAUAUUAUGUAGAAGAUUUGUUAAUUUUUUUUUUGUUUGAAUUAUUUUGAGUUAUAUUAAAACAAAUAGUAUAGAAAACAUAUAUUGUACCUCUAAACUUUCAUGUUGUUAGUGUUAUUAAUGAAUAUUUUUGAUAUGUAUUCAAUACUGUGAUUUUUCUUGUUAUUAUUUUUGAGAAUAUUGAUUUUUUUAUAUUAUUUUUGUGUUAAUUGAAAAACUUUAAUAAAAAACUCACAUUAAA